CUCAUUUCCCGAAAUGAUUUUGCCAAGUACCAUAAGUACCAUGGAAGGAUCGCCCCGUCUGAAGCUUGUUGAGAAUGCAUGGAAGAGAAUGCCCUGAAGGGCAUUUGGGCUCGAGAUUGCACGCGAGCCAUUUGAAGGUGAGAUGCUUAGACUGGAAGCGCAGCUGGGGGAAGUGCCUCUCAGGACACCUGACUGGCACAGCGCGCUGAACAAGCUCUUCGGGCUCCAAGCUUCAGCGCCGCACCCGCCCGAAGGUUUGGAGCUGGACGAUGUGGCCGGCUACAACAAUGCCAUGCAUGCCUGCAAGCAGGCGGGUUUGUGGCAGCGCUGCCUCCAGCUGCUCGGCAACAUGGAGAGCAAGGAGCUCCAGGCCGACGCGCAGACUGUCGCUACUGCCAUGAGUGCCUGCGAAAGGGGUGGCCAUUGGCAGCAGGCCGUGUCCCUGCUUGCGGCCGCGCGGGAGAGGAGGCUGCCGGAAAGCGCAGCUGCGAGCAACACGGUGGUGAAUGUGUGCGCCAACAACCACCAAUGGCAGCAAGCCCUGGAAGUGCUCUCAGACAUGGGCCUGCAGCGUUUGCGGAGCGCUAUGACCACGCGCAACAGCCUCCUGGGCGCCUGCGGCCGUGGUAGCACAUGGAGCGCUGCGCUGGCGAUCCUCGUUUGUCAAGAGGUAGAUGCGUUCGGCUAUAAUGCGGUGCUCACUGCCUGUGUCAAAUCCAGACAGUGGCAGCAGGGUAUCCAGGUCUUUGAGGCGAUGGACGUUCCACACGAUGGCAUCUCCUAUGAGCUGGGCGUCAGUGCCUGUAGCAAAGGGGUGCAAUGGUACCAAUGUCUACAGUUGAUCUCCACCAUGAAGGAUAUUCGGCUGCAGCCCAGCGCCAUGACAUGCAGCGUGGCCUUAAGCAUGUGCCAAAAGUUUUCAAGGUGGCAGGAGGCCUUGGAUCUUCUUGAGGGAGACAACGUCAUCUUGAAUUGCAAGGCGCUCAGCGCCUUGUCCCGCGGGCUGCAGUGGCAGCAGGCUGUGGCACUCUUCUCGUCCAUGCGAGAGCGCCAGGCGGCUGACCAGCUCACGUACACCACUCUCAUGGGUGCCUUCCACAAGAGCAGCAGCUGGCGGCAGGCGCUGGCACUUCUGCAGGAUUUAGAUGCGGCGCGCCUGGAGGUGGACGAACCUCUUCUGCACGCAGCAAUGUGUGCGUGUGAGGAUGCGGGCCAAUGGCAGAAGGCCGGUACUUUUUGCAAGGGCGCACUGGCCGCCUCCGCGACCGCGCGGCGCAUCCAGGUGUUGGCCAACAAGGGCCAGUGGCACGAGGCUUUGGCGCUCCUGGCGUCUGCGCCGAGUCCCCGCAGCGCCUUGGCGGUGCUUGCGGCGCUCAGACAGGCCGGCGCCUGGCAGGCAGCCAUGGCCCUUGUGACGGCCACCGCCUGGGGCACGCAGCUGACCCGGGCGGCCACCGCCGCCAUGCGAACUACAGCAGAGGCUUCCGAGUGGGCCCUAACGUUGCGCGUGUUUGCAGAGCUGGAGCAUCCAGAUGUGGUGGCUUUCAACACCAUCCUGGGCGUGUGCCGGACGCAGAAGCUGUGGGAGGAAGCGCUGCUGCUGCUGCAGGAGUUUGCCGGCCAAAAGCUCCAGGCGGACCGCAUCUCCCUGUUGGCAGCCGUGGGCGCUGCCGGCGGCGCUGGCCGGUGGCCUGUGGCGAUUUUGCUAGCGGAGCGAUCCGGAGAAGGCCAGGUGCGGAACGCUGCAAUGGGCGCUUGCUCCAGGUGCAGCGAGUGGCAACAAGCACUGUGUAUCUUCAAAGACAUGCAGCAGGCCUCCCAGGCUGACUUGAUCAGCUACAACACCCUGAUCAGUGCGUGCGGCCGAGUAAAUUGGCCCCUAGCCCUCUGGACCUUUGCAGAGCUGCAAAGUCAGCAGUUGCAGCCUGACCUAUUCAGCUACGGGGCGGUGCUCAGCGUGUGCACUGGCGCAGAGGCACUAGAUCUCUUGUCCCAGCUCGCAGAGAGGCGCCGGCCCAACCUCAUCAUAGCCACCGCCGCUGUCAGCGCCUGCGCCCGCAGCGGCAUGUGGCAAGACGGCCUGCAGAUCCUGCGGCAAACGCAGGAUGGCACUCUUCGCCCCAGUGGUGUGACCUUCAACACGGCCAUGGAAGCUGCGCCGUGGCCUGUGGCUUUGCUGCUGCUGCAGGAACAUCCAGCCCCGGACAGAAGCUGGGCACCCUCCCUGAAGGUCGAUGAUGUCACCUGGAACAGCCUCAUAAACCUCUUGUCACAGAGUCAGCAGUGGCAAAGGUCUUUGUCGCUGCUCGACACCAUCAAGGACCGCCUGCGCAACUCCGUGGCCCAGCAGUCGGCGUAUGACACAGCGGGCCUGGCCCACCUCCAAGCCGUGGACUCCAUUGGCAAAAUGUAA